CUAAGCGAUCUGCUGAAGCUGUGGGAUGUAAAAAUGCAUCGGUAGGGGAGCGUUCCGCCUUAGGGGGAAGCAUCCGCGCGAGCGGCGGUGAACGAAGCGGAAGCGAGAAUGUAUGCUUGAGUAACGCAAACAUUGGUGAGAAUCCAAUGCCCCGAAAACCUAAGGGUUCCUCCGCAAGGUUCGUCCACGGAGGGUGAGUCAGGGCCUAAGAUCAGGCCGAAAGGCAUAGUCGAUAGACAACAGGUGAAUAUUCCUGUACUACCCCUUAUUGGUCCCGAGGGACGGAGGAGGCUAGGUUAGUCGAAAGAUGGUUAUCGGUUCAAGGAUGCACGGUGUCCCUGCUUUUUCAGGGUAAGAAGGGGUAGAAAAAAUGCCUCGAGCCAAUGUUCAAGUACCAGGCGCUAUAUGAUUAUUUUUUGUUAAAUCUUUUUGAGUGAGUAGAUAGGUACUAUAAUACUCUCCCGCGCGAGUUGUCCGUCGCGACUUCCUUCAUUCCCAGCAAACGACCUCAAAAAGCUUUUCCUCUGCGUAUUGAAUCCCAAUCACCGAUGAUCCUCUACAAUAUUUGGAAAUCCGUUUUUCAUGUUAGGCAAAAAGCCAGAAACAUGCGACUUUAGGAGAGGAUUAUUUCACUCUUGUGCAGCUUCGAUGCUGUCCUGUCAGAGACUUCUUCAGGAGAGGAUUAUCUCACUCUUGCAGUCAUGUAAGACCAUCAAGCAUCUCCGGCAGGUCCAGUCUCAGGUGACGGCCAAUGGGUUUAGCCGGAGCGAACAUAUUGUCCAGAAAGUUAUCGUGGCGUGCGGGUUGCUGAAGGAAACGGACUGUGCCCGUAAGUUGUUCGAUGAAAUUCCUGUACCAAGCGUCUCUUGCUGGAAUACAAUGUUCAAAUGCCAGUACCUCAAUGCUGAGCACCGGGAGGUUAUUAUUUUGUUCUGUCUGAUGAGGAGUUUUGAUAUAGUGCCAAACGGUUACAGUUUUCCUGUUGUCCUGAAAUCUUGUAUAAAGAUCAACGCUUUGAGAGAAGGUAAAGAGUUGCAUUGCCUUGUGACAAAGAGUGGAUUUGCUUCGAACUCAUUUGUUGGCACUACUUUGGUUGAGCUGUACUCGAAUCGGAAUCUAAUUGAAGCAGCUUACAAGAUUUUCUGUGAGAUGCCGGAAAGGAAUGUGGUUGCUUGGACUGUGAUGAUCAAUGGCUACAUUUCCUGCCAUGACAUCAUUGCUGCAAGGAGGCUCUUUGACCUGGCUCCGGAGCAUGAUGUUGUGAUGUCGAAUACAAUGAUCUUGGGUUACUUCGAAGUAGGAGACAUGAUAAGAGCACGGGAACUUUUCGAUAAGAUGAGUAGAAAGGAUCUCAUGUCCUGGAACACCGUACUCAAUGGGUAUGCAAACAAUGGCGAUGUUGAGGCUUGUGAGGCAUUGUUCGAGAAAAUGCCGGAGAAAAAUAUUUUUUCAUGGAAUGGACUAAUUGGUGGUUAUGCACAUAAUGGGCGUUUCCCUCAAGUGUUGACGACAUUCAAUAGAAUGCUUGCAGAGAACAAAGUCAAACCGAAUGAAGCGACAUUGGUGAUGGUGUUAUCUGCGUGUGCACGAUUAGGUGCUCUAGUUCUAGGCAAGUGGGUGCAUAUUCAAGCCAAGGCUAAUGGAUAUAGUGGAAAUUGUCGUGUUGGGAAUGCUCUUAUUGACAUGUACGCCAAAUCUGGAGCCAUGGAAAGUGCAAUUGAUGUAUUCAGAAGCAUGAAAAGGAAGGAUUUGAUUAGCUGGAACACCAUGAUUUUUGGUUUAGCAACGCAUGGUCAUGGAGCUGAUGCCUUGAAUAUGUUUAGUGAAAUGAAAAAUGCUGGAGAAAAACCAGAUUCAAUCACCUUUAUAGGAAUCCUGUCCGGCUGUGCACAUAUGGGUUUCGUAGAGGAUGGAUUGUCAUAUCUCAAAUCAAUGAUUGAUGAUUACUCAAUAGAACCUCAAAUUGAGCAUUACGGGUGCAUUGUAGAUUUGCUAGCAAGAGCCGGUCUUCUAGCUCAGGCUGUGGAUUUCAUUGUCAAGAUGCCUAAAGAAGCCGAUGCUGUCAUGUGGGCUACUCUGCUUGCGUCUUGUAGGGUAUACAAAAAUGUUGAAUUUGCUGAAUUGGCCCUUGAAAAGCUUGUUGAAUUUGACCCCAAGAACCCAACAAACUACGUGAUGCUAUCAAACGUCUAUGGUGAUAUUGGUAGAUGGAAAGAUUUGGCCAGACUGAAGGUUGCAACAAGAGAUACUGGAUUCAGGAAGUUACCAGGAUGUAGCUUGAUUGAGGUCAAUGAUGUUGUCUCAGAGUUUUAUUCGCUUGACGAGAGACACCCUGACAAAGAGCAGAUCUAUGAGUCCUUAAAGGGAUUGACCAUGCUCUCGAGGCUGUAUGGUAAUAUUCCAGAAGGGGAUACUGAUAUUGACUAGUAUAUGCAGGGAGAAUAGUGGUGAUAUAUUUGAAACAUUGCAAAUAUGUUUUCCAGACUACUGAAGUAAGAAAAGUGUACUAUGUCUUGGGAUCUUCCUAAAUGCGCCAUUUGCUUCCCUCUUACUACGAAAAUGAUUAAAUCAACGAUGACCUGGAUUCUUCCUAAAAAUGAGUACAGCUGUUGCAAGUAUAAAGAGACCAAGCGCUAGAUUAUGUGAUCGAUUGUCAUCAUGAAGUCAAGAAUCAUGUUGGGACAAUUUUGACGAAGUUUUGUUGCAAAGUGGUGGGCCGUAUAGUUUUUAGGACUAGUGGAUUGGGAGAUAAGAAGCCUGAUAAGAGGAUGCAACGUCAUGAGAAGUAUACAACGUGGAAUUACGUCGUCUGAGAGAAAAGGAGCAUGCUAUUGCUAGGGAAAUAUCCCUUUAAGAGUGGCACAAGAAGUGGGGGAGCUGAACAGGGGUGACGGGGUAAGAGGAAACCCAAAGCAGAUCCGAUUUUCAAAGGGGGAUUGGAGAACGAGCAAAUGGUCCGAUUCAAAAGGGGGACUGGAAAAGGAGUAAGUGGUCUGAUUCAAAAGGCGGAAUGGUGAAGCAGAUCUGAUUUUUCUUGGUUCGCAAUAUUAAUUAAUGUUGCUUUGUUAAUUAAAGGUUCACGAACCAAGAGAAUUCAGUGAUGGUACUGUUAAUUGUUGCUGAUGCUUCUGCUGUAGCCUCACCAUAAUCAUGUCCAAGUUUAAAUCCUGCCCCUAGUGAUACUGUGAAUGCUGCAACAACACCUCCUGACAAUCGCCCUCCUGUGACACCUGCUACCAAAAUGAAGAGAAGGAAGAGAAGAACAAUGAAGCUAAGGUAAGACGUUUAGACCCAGUUUACUAAAUUUAAAGAGGGUGAUGACGUGAUUUCUAAGUUUAAUUUGUGUGUUAAGGUUUAAUUUGGUGAUACAACAACCAAUCGAACCAGUGCUUUAAGAUUUCAUAGGCUUUCCUGCAAUGAACAACUAUUUUCUCAGAAAUAGCAGUUGCUGAAUGUGAAACCUGGUCAAGAUGGAUGGAAAACUUGGUAGGAGUUUUAAGAGGAAAUUAGAAAGGUUGUAGUGCGCAUGAUUAUUAUCAAUUAGGAGCCUUUUAGAGUAUUUAGCAGUGAAGGGCUUAGGCAUUUGAUGGCAACUGCAUGUCCUAGGUUUCGGAUACCUUCUAGAACUACUAUUACGUAGGAUUAUUAUAAGUUUAUUUUUAUAUGAAAAAGGAUCUACUGAGACAAUCCCUUAGGAAAUUUGAUGGAAGGGUUUCCUUAACUGCAGACACUUGGACAUCAUUACAAAACAUCCACUACGCGAGUCUUACUGGCCGUUGCAUAAAAUGUUGACUGGAAAUUGAAGAUCUUGAAUGUAUGCACAGUUUCUUCUCAUAAGGGUAAGGAUAUAGGAGAAAGUAUUGAAAUUUGCUUACAUCAUUGGGAUACUGGCGGUGGAUUAUAUCCUUCUGCAAAUGACGUGGCAGUAGAGUAUUUAAGAGAGAAACUUCUAUUUCAUACGGAAAACAUAUAAUCAAUUUAAUUGUUGGUGAUGGUUUGGAGGAGCAUCAUCCUUCAUUAAGAGGAGUUCAAGAGGCUGUCAAGUAACUCAGGUCAUCUCUUUCUAGUUUGGAAAUGUGAUUUUUAUUUAAGGGCCGAUGAUAUAGAGUUGAAUUGUGAAUCAUGACCUAGCUAAUAGUUUUUUAUAUAUAUAAUGGCGAUAUGACCUAGCUAAUAGUUUCUGCUGUAUUAGAAGUUAUAGCAGUUUAUGAUUUGAGGUUAGUAGUUUAUGUUCUGUUAGAAUGCUUAUAUUCAAAGUCGGGGCAAAUGAGUUUUGUUUCACACUAAAUCAUGGCAGCUGAAUCUGUUUGAUGUUGGUUUCCUUUUGACAGUAUUCUGUAUGUUUUUCAUGGCAGUUGGACUCUUCCCUUGUGUGAUAACUUCAGUUGGAUGUACAAUGGAAAUGGUAAUUUUCACAUCCUCGUUUCUAGAGUUUGCGUCUUGAAUGAAUGGUGGUUCUCCUUGGGUCUAACUGUGCCACUUGAUUUUUACUAUGUAGAUGGAAACAUUGCAUCGGAAUGAGUAUUCUUUUGUUCCUUGUCCCCUUCUUUCAUCUGACUUGAGCAACCUUGGUCACCUGUCUUUUCUCGUAAUAUUGUUAUGUUCAAUAUCAAUCCGAAAGCUGAGAUUGAUCCUCGUAGGUUAUGUAGAUGAAUGUAGUUUCAGCCACAUUCUCCGAGUUUCCAGGGAGAGGCGCUGUGCACUGUUUUUGGGCUCUUCUGUUAUGAUGUAUUCUUAUUAUGAAACUAUUUUGCUUCCAGAAUUUGCAGGGUGCACUUGCUUUAGAAGAAACACUUUCUCAAGUAUCCCGAUUGCCGAGUGAAAAAAUAUGUUUUUCAAGUCGAAACUAUUUUUUAUGGAUGUGAGGGACCAUUUCUGCACAUACCAGACCUUGAGUUAAGCAUGUUGAUCGUUGCUCUGGAGUUAAGAACCAAAUAAUUUGAUCAAGGGUGUUAUUUUUAACGAUCCGAUGAUUAACUUGAAGCAAAAUUUAUAUGCUGAAAGUUUACUGGGUUCAUGGCAUCCAAUGAUUUGUUCUUGUGAAACUGUGAUGAUGUUAUUCCUGAACUUGUACACUGUCUUUUCUCCUUACUGCUUCAAUCCAAUGAUCACCGAUUAAAUUUUCUGAAAUGUUGUCAUAAUUUGUUGCUUACUUAUGAAUCCGACCAAGUUUUGUUUUCUCUUCAGUUGAGACAGAAGGCAUUUCGACCACGUCUAUUACAGCAGGACAGAAGUACCUAAGAGCGCGAGAGUAGACCCUGACUUAGUAAGCCGCUCCCUUUCCCAUCACUGAACCUCUUAUUAUUGCUAAGCUUGCGUUUGGCGAGUGAUUUGCUUGUUGGUUCUUGGGUCUGUUAUGAUUUUGGGAUCAAAUCUGUACGUGUGCCAAUGAUAGUCAUCAUGGCUGAGUUGAAAGUAGUUUAUGUGAACUAGAAUAAGGGUUGAAUUUUUUUGGCUGUGCUCUUGCAGUCUCAGUACGCAUAUUAUACACUAGUAUUUGCAUGUCAAACACUCUCUUGUUGUUCCUACAGUACAGUUGGUCCUAGAGUACAGUUUAGCUAAGACUUCUAUGGAGACUGAUUUGGUUCAUGAUGUUCUGAUCUCGGGGAACAUAUGUUUCAGUUCAUGAUUUGUUAAUUAUUUAGGAGCAAAAUUCAGAGUGAAUUCUUUCAUUUCUUUGCUUUAAUGACUAUUUGUGAUGUCUUACCUUUCAGUAUUGUCAAUUUAGUUUAACUGUCUAAGAUUGUAAGUGAAGUUUCUGUUUGAACGUAGCCUUCACAGCAUUUAUGUUAGGCUUGAUAUGUGUCGUUACGAUUUACGAUGGCUUAAUUUGAUCAAGGGUGUUGUAUUUAAAGCUCUAGUGAAAUAACUUUCGGUUGAAUUUAUAUGCUGCAAUUUUACGGGGUUCAUGAGGUUUAGUGAUAUGUUUUAUGUGUAUGGAAAUUGUCACAUAUACUACAUUUCUUCCAACAAAUAAAUAUAUAAGAUCAUGAAGU